GUGAAGUUAUUCAGCAAAAAAAGUAACACCGCUAUUACAUCUGUGACCAUUCAACAGUCAAUUGAAGAUAUCUUCAGAAGGAAAAUGAAGUGUGUUCUUUUGUUGACCUUAUUGUACGGGGUACUUGGAGUACCACUAGAGGAUGAAGCAUUACAGGAAUUUGUUGCUGGGAAUCACAAGUUUACAGCUUCUGUCUACAAGGAACUUUUUAAAAAUCAACAAGGUAACUUUGUCGUCAGUCCGCUGUCAGCUGAGGUAGUCCUAGCUCUCACCAAUGAAGCCGCAAGGGGAGAAACAGCCGCAGAACUGACGACAGGUCCCUCUCUGCCCAGUACCAAAGAAAAUACACAAAAGGCAAUCAAAUCUAUUUUACUAAAUCUGAAGAGAUCCGAUAGACGAUUCAAGAUAUUCACUGCCAGCAAAAUCUACACCGACAAAAGCCUGAAACUAGAAGAUGACUUCAAGACAAUCGCGUCAACAAUUUACGAUUCAGGUGUUGAAAGCGUUAAUUUUGCCAACAAGGAAAAAUCGUCUGCAACAAUGAAUGAUUGGGUAGAAGACAAAACCAGUCAUAAAAUUAAAAGCUUAAUCAAACCCGACGAUAUUCAAGACAAUACUAAGGCUAUUUUAGUCAACGCUCUUUAUUUCAGUGCUAAAUGGACUUCUCCAUUCAACAACUACACCACAAAUAAGAAAAAAUUCUUUAAAACCAAAGACGAUUCUGUUAACGUCGACAUCCUGAGUCAAGUCGAAUAUUUCAACUACUAUGAAAGUCCAACCCUUAACGUGAAAUUUUUGGAACUCCCAUUCGAUGGCAUUGACAUGCAAAUGGUUAUCGUCUUACCGAACGAAAAGGAAGGAUUAAAAAGUGUGGAGCAAAAUAUAGAACAACUGUUGGCUCCUCAGCCACUCAAGAACGAAAGAGUUCAUGUGGAGUUUCCCAGUUUUACUAUAGAAACUAAAAUAAAGUUCAUUCCUAUUCUGAAGAACUUGGGAAUAAGCAGAUUGUUUGACAAUGCCGACUUAACAGGACUGUCUUCAAAUUUUAAAGAGCUUUACGUCAGUGAUGUAAUCCAAAAGGUUUUCGUCAAAUUCACCGAAUCCGGUAGAGCAAGGGAACGCGAAAGAUCGGCAGAUGGUUGCACUAUCUUCCAUGCCGAUCAUCCAUUUAUAUAUUUGGUCAAAUCGCAUGGAGUGGUUCUUUUUGUCGGGCGCUAUACAAGUCCCUGAAGUACUUGCUGAUGAAUAGAUUUUAAGUAUAGAAAAUGUAAAACGUUCCUUUGAUCUAUUGAUUAAUAUGUACAAGUAAAUAAACUGUUGUUCAUUUUU